CCCCCCCCUCCCCCCGCCCCGGGGCAGCCGUAGGCGGAAGGUCCCGGAGGGGCGGGCGCCCUGGCGAAGCCGAGGGGAAGCGAGCAGGCGGCCGUGGGACACGGAGCCAUGGCAGGGUUGCUGCGGACGCAGGCCGGGAAACCACAAUGCUGCUCACUUUGUACUGUGAUCUCCCUCCUGGUAACACUCGUCUGGGUCCUCUUGGGGGCCGGUUUCCUGAACCUGAGGAACUCGAGGCUGGGGAGGCAGGUAGGGGCCAGCGAGGUGGGUGGAGAGCUGGAUGGCCCGCAAGCAGUGACACUGUCCAGUAGGAAAGAUGUCCUUGUCCUCACCCCUUGGCUGGCCCCCACCGUCUGGGAAGGGACCUUCAACAUUGACAUCCUGAAUGAGCAGUUCCGGCUCCGGAACACCACCAUCGGACUAACGGUGUUUGCGAUCAAAAAAUACGUGGCCUUCCUGGAGCUGUUCCUGCAGACGGCGGAGAAGCACUUCAUGGUGGGACACAGGGUCACCUACUACGUGUUCACCGACCGGCCGGGGGAUGUGCCCCGCGUGCCCCUCGGGCAAGGGAGGCAGGUGGUGGUCCUGGAGGUCCGGAGCUACUCGCGCUGGCAGGACGUGUCCAUGCACCGCGUGGAGAUGAUCAGCAACUUCUCCCGGCAGCGCUUCCUCCACGAGGUGGACUAUCUGGUGUGCGCGGACGUGGACAUGAGGUUCCGCGACCACGUGGGCGUGGAGAUCCUGUCCCCGCUCUUCGGCACCCUGCACCCCGGCUUCUACGGGGCGGCCCGCGCGGCCUUCACCUACGAGCGCCGGCCGCAGUCCCAGGCGCACAUCCCCAGGGACGAGGGCGACUUUUACUACGCGGGAGUUUUUCGGGGGGUCGGUGGCCGAGGUUCUGUGGCUCACGUCGGCCUGUCACCGGGCCAUGGUGGUCGACCGGGCCCACGGCAUCGAGGCGGUGUGGCACGACGAGAGCCACCUGAACAGGUACCUGCUGGACCACAAGCCCACCAAGGUGCUGUCCCCCGAGUACCUGUGGGACGAACAACUGCUGGGCUGGCCCGCCGUCGUGAAGAAGCUGAGGUAUGUGACCGUGCCCAAGAGUCACCAGGUCAUCCGGGACUGAUGACGGGCUGGCCUAGUGUCCGUCAGGGGUGCCACCCUGACCCCAGCCGUCAGAGCAGAUGGGCUGUCGCCGCUCCCUUUUUCUGUCCGGUCGCGGGACAUCGCCGAGGCCCGGCGCCGCCCGCAUCGGGCACGGGCGCAGUUAGGCCUGACCGGGGGCCUGCCGGGGGGCGCGGCUCCAGCAAGACCCCUUGCUCUUCGGGUUCCUGGUCGGAGUUGAAAGGUCGCUUGCGGCCGCGGGCAGGACGUGAAGCUGAGGCCGGAUCAGGACCCCCUUGGCUGGCGCCUGGCUUCCCGGCAGCCUGGGGCACAGCCCGCCUCCCGCUGGGGCAGGACAGCCCCCCCCCCCACCCCCCCCGGCCUCCCUCAGUCACUGCCGUGUUGUGGCUGUUGCACUUGCCCUGUCACUGCCACUAAAAUGUUUCUGGCGGAUGACGGGAGUUGCGGGUUGUCCCGGAAACCUGCCUCGUGCGCUUCCUCGAGGCCCCGGCCAGGCCUGAGUGCUGCAGUCUCCGCCUUGCGUCUCCCUUCUCACAUCCAGGACAGGGCGGUCCGCGUUGCCACGGCUAUUUCUCCGUGACGUUGGCGAACUGUUACAAUUUCUGGGUCACUUGCCGCUGUAAACGGCUCCAAUUUUAUGUCGGAUGCUUUUCUAUUUAUUUUUUUAUUUUGUUUAAGGUUUAUUUAUUUUUGAGAGAGAGAGACCAUGAGCUAGCGGGGAGGGGCAGAGACAGAGGGAGACACAGCAUCCGAAGCAGGCUCCAGGCUCCGAGCCGUCAGCACAGAGCCCGACGCGGGGCUCGGACCCAAGAACCGUGAGCCGAAGUUGGACGCUCAACCGACUGAGCCCCCCAGGCGCCCCUAUAACCUUGAUAAUGUUAACCACGUUCAGGUGUACAAUUCAGUGGCAAUAGGUACAUUCACUGUUCUGCAACUGUCCCUUCCAUCCAUCUUCACGACUUUUUUGUCACCCCAAACUCUGUGUCUGCCCACUAGACCCUAACCCUCCCACACCCAUCCCCCUCCCCAGGCCCGGCACCCACUGCUCCUCCCACCCUAUGAAUCUGACUGUUCUCGGUCCGUCAUGAGCGGGGUCCUCCAAUAUCGGUCCUUUAGGGACUGGCUUAUUUCACGUAGCACAGUGGCCUCAAGGUCUGUCCCCGUGAGCCUGGACCUGACCCACUUCUCCCCCAGAGGAGUUGCUCAGCUCUGUCCUGUCUAACCUGAGCCUCCUCAGUCCCCUGCGCUCCCCUCAUCUUCCUCCUCAGCCUGAAGGACCCCAGGGCCCCGUCCCUUGGGCCUCACCGAUCCCACCCCAUCUGAACCGAACUGUUCGGUCCAGAUGCCAGACACACACCCCUGGGGUGUGGGGGCCUCGGGCCUCCCCUGCCCACCCGUCCGUGUCAGGUACCUGCUCCUUCCGCAGGUGUCCCCAUCUCAGGAGAGAAACACCAGGUCCAGACCCUUGGUGUCAUCUGUGACUUCUUGCUGGCCAUCAACUCUCCCAGUGGUGAGGUGGCUACCGGAGGGCACUAAAUGUUCAAAACAUUUCAAGGCAUAUGUUAGUCUUGGCUGCCUAAGGCAAUGGUUGAACCGAGCAGAACGACUGGAAGAAAGGCUGAGUGGUGAGGAGCUUUAGGGAAUAAGGACCUAGAACCCCUGGCCCAUUAUUCCUGAGCCUCUAGGACACUUGCGUGCAAGGGCUGGGUGCAUGUUCAGGAAAGACCUGAGAAGGGCCCCGGCUCUCCCCUCUGGUGACUGUCAGACUCUGCAAUUAGGAAGUAAAGGUCAAGGCAGAGUUGUAAACAGCCUGGGUGGUGUGGAAGGUGUAUCCUGAUCUUUGCAGACCAUCUCCUCCCCAUCUGUAAAGACUGGAGGUUGUUUUCUUCUUUUGGGGGGGGAGGCGGUGGUUCCGGGUGUUUAAGGAAAUGUCUGCCCAAUGAGCACUACAUUCACGGAACAGACACUUCAGUGACCACACACGACAAGGAAUACAGAUUUUACAAAAUUAGUUCAGAAAAGUCACUACAGUAGCAACUACUGCGAGCUGUGCCAGUAAACCCUGGAGGGGAAGACUGAUAUUUGAGUUGUACGUUAUACUGUUCAAAAUGUCAAUUUUCAAAAAAAACAUUUAAAAAUUUUUUAAUGUUGAUUUGAGAGACAGAGAGACAGAGACAGAGCGCAAGUAGGGAGAGGCAGAGAGAGAGGGAGACACAGAAUCCGAAGCAGGCUCCAGGCUCCAGCUGUCAGCACAGAGCCCGACGUGGGGCCCGAACCCACAAACCAUGAGAUCAUGACCUGAGCUGAAGUCAGACGCUUAACCGACUGAGCCACCCAGGUGCCUCCCCCAAAACACUUUUUUUAAAAAGUUUAUUUAUUUAUUUUGAGAGAGAGAAAGAAUGAAUGGGGGGGCAGAGAGAGAGGGGGACAGAGGAUCCUACGUGGGCUCUGUGCUGACGGCAGAGAGCCUGAUGCGGGGCCAAAACUCACAAAUCAUGAGAUCAUGACCUGAGCUGAAGUCAGAAGCUUAACCAACCGAGCCACCCGGGCACCCCAACUAAAAAACACUUUUGAGGUGUGCAAAGAAACAAGAACAUGGACCCCGUAGACCAUUGAAAACAAAGCAAUUGACAGAAACCGUUCCUGAGGAAGCUCAUGCAUUAGACUCUCUAGACUUACUUAAAACCAACUAUUUCAAAUAUGCACAAAUACCUAAAGGAAACCACGAGAACGAUAUCCCCCAGGGAGACAAUAACAAUGGUGAAUGCAUUAGGAAGUGUCCCCUCCUCUCUUUUUGAGGAAUUUGGGGACAAGUCGUAUUAAUUCUUUGUCAGAUGGUUGGUAGAAUUAACCAGCAGUGAAUCCUGGCACUGAGAUUUUCUUUGUUGGGAGGGUUUUGAUUCCUGAUUCAAUCUCUUUUCAUAGGUCUAUUCAGAUUUAUUAUUUAUUCUUGAGUUGCUUUUGGUAGUGUUUUUAUUUCUAGGAAUUUAUCAUUGUUGUUUUUUUUUUUUUUUAGAGAGAGAGAGAGAGAGAGAGAGAUGGACAAGUGGGGCUCACUGGAACUUGUGUUUUACCUGAAGUGGGGCUUGAGCUCACCUGAUGUGGGACUUGAACACACAAAUUGUGAGAUCAUGACCUGAGCUGAAGUCAGUCUUAAUGAAUGAGCCACCCAGGCGCCCAGAAAUUUACCCGUUUUACCUAGGUUGUCUGAUGUGCUGGUGUAAAACUCUUUGUGGUAUCGUCUUAUAAUCCUCUUUAUUUCUGUAAGGUUGGUAGUGAUGUCUCCAUGUUCAUUCCUGAUUUUAACAAUUUGAGUCUACUUCCCCCCCAAACCCAAUCAGGCUAGGAUGGGGCUACUAUUAUAAACAGCAAAGAGAAAAACCAGAAAAUAACCAGUAUUGGUGAGGAUGUGGAGAAAUCAGAGCCCUCGUGCCCUGUUGGUGGGAAAGUAAAAUCUGCCACCGCUCUGGAAAGCAGUGUGGUGUUUCCUCAAACAUUAAAAAUGGAACCGCCAUAUGAUGCAGCCAUUCCACUUCUGGAUACACAUUCAAAGAAUUGAAAGCAGGAUUGUGAAGAGUUAUUUGCACACCCAAGUUUGCAGCAGCACAAUUCCCAGCAGCCAAGAGGCAGGAGCACCCCCAGCGUCCACCUCCACCAGUGGGUGAUGGAUGAACAAAAUGUGGUAGGAACGUGCAUUACAUCACCCAGCCUUCAGCGGGAAGGAAUUGCUGACACCUGCCAUGUGGGUGAACCUUGAGGACAGGAUGCGAAGUGAACUAAGCAAGUCACGAAAACACAAACGUUGCAUGGUUCCACUUCUGUGAAAUGAGGUAUGUAGAGUGGUCGGCCUCACAGAAGCAGAAGCAGCAGGGUGGUUUUGGGGAGCUGGACAGGAGAGGGAGACCGGGAGUUGUCCACCGGGUAUAGAGUUCCGGUUCUGCAAGAUGCAAAAGAUCUGGGCAUCGGUUGUGCACCACUGAAUACGCAACGUGAUACUGUGCUUCACGGUAAAUAUAUAUUUGGUCUUCGCCCUGUUUCUGGCACAGAUUUCCCAAAUUUCCCGAGUGAUGAAAACCAUGACACUGCCUUUUGCUGUGUUCAUGGGUGGCUUUUGGACUCUACCUGAGGGGGGAGGCUGGCUGCUGGGGGAGCCAACCCUGCGACUAGGUGGCUGGAACUUUCCAUCCCCUCCCCCCACCUCUGGGGAGGGAGAGGGGCUGGAGACGGCGUUCAGUCCCCAGUGACCAGUGAUCCAAUCAAUCGUGCCCGUGUAAUGAAGCCUCCCCGAACGCCCAUCCGACUGGUGAACACGUGGAGACAGCAGAGAGUGUGACACGCUCGGUUACUGUCACGGGGGCCCGAGUGUGCACGGGCACUGGCUUCGAGGGUCCCAACAGACCAGGUUCGGCCACUCACCGCUGACAAAAGCCAAGGACAGAGAGACACAAGAAAGGGUGGUGACUCAGGAAAGGAUCCAUUUCGGUGAGGCCGGCGCUGGGAAGACAGGGGGCUGACAUCUCAAGGUGCUGCAGACAGUCCUGGUGGUGGUUCUCUCUCUCUUUUUCUUUCUUUUUUUAAUUUUUUAAAAAUUUUUAAUGUUUAUUUAUUUUUGAGACAGGAGAGACAGAGUAUGAGCAGGGGAGGGGCAGAGAGAGGGAGACACGGAAUCGGAAGCAGGAUCCAGGCUCGGAGCUGUUAGUACAGAGCCUGAUGCGGGGCUCGAACUCACAAGCUGCGAGAUCAUGACAGGUGCCCCCCCCUUUUGUGAAGUUUUAUUUGUUUCCUAGGAUUUUACAUGAGGACAAUCUAGGACAAUGGUCAGUGGGUACUUGAGGUGGACAGUGAAGGUCGGGUCGAUCGCUGUCUUGGGGUCAACCCCGCGGGGUCUUGCUGACGUCAGGGACGUCCAUCCCUGUUGCUUGAGGGUUAGUUUGGCUGCCCUCAGGGUCUUUGGCUGGAGUUACGAGAUGAGCUGGGAGGAAGGACCCGAUCGGUCAGGAAGCACAGAUGAUGGGCAGAGAGCAGGGGGGCUCCGAGCCUCCGCUGCACCUUGCCCUGUGCUCCCCAUCCCUUCCGCCCGGCUGGUCCCGAGUGCUGUCCUGUGUGACAAACGGGCAAUCUAGGAGGUGACAGGCUUGUCUGAGUUCUCUGAGCCGCUCCAACAUCAUUCGAACCCGAGGGCAAGGUUGUGGGAACCUCCUCUCUAUAACUUAGAGACGCAGGUGACCUCUCUGCCCGGCUGCUGAGUGACCCCUGAGUUGGCCGCACAGGGACUCCAGGGGCCACACACAACAAAGGAAACAGACCUCACGCGGUUCAGACAAGGCACAGCCCUGAAAAGCAAACAGUAGCAGCCUCACGGAGCAGCAAUGAUGAGGCUCGGGGAGCGGGGGCUGCAGAACUGAACGGUGGGCGGGUCGCCAAGCCCCGCCCCCUGCAGGGCCGGGUCCUCGUGGCUCCCAGAUGUUCCACAUGCUUCUCCACGACUCCACAGCUGGCCGGACACAGCGAUGUCACAACGUGGGUCAGAAACACAAACAUCUCUGGGCAUCCACCACCACCUGAACUAUUGUCCAUUUUUGUAACUUGAGGUAGGCAGAGAGAAUGGGAGCAAGGCCUUGAAGAGGGUGGUUCCCGGCCCAGACUUUGUGUUUGGGGGCAAACGCCAUGUAGACGGGCCUUUGCUGGGCCUGAGGAGGGGACAGGUAUGGGGACCCCAGCCGCAGGCACUGCUGUCCCGGUGAUGCCACCUCAGGGCGCCCGAGUCCACCUGCCCCUUGGGGAGCACUUGCGACCCUCCGCUCUGUCUGAGGGCUCUGUCCUGCCCCAGAGGCACCUCCUCUCCUGCCAGCCAGGGCCAUGUGCCCCAGGGAGCGCGGGUACCCCGACGGCCCUGGGGACAGAGCCAGUCUGGUUAGGACACCGUCCCCCAGCGGACCUGAGCGCCAGGCCGCCACGGUGCUCCCUCCUCUGCUCAGGGACCACCCUCUGUCCAGGCUCCACACGCUGGCACUUGGGGCAGGUCGUCUGGACCUUCUGGACUCGUGUUUCCUUGCUGGGAGCAUGGGCAGAGGCCUCCCUCCCAGACUCGCCAGAGGGGACACGGCCAGGAACAUUCAGACCCUGAAAAGGAAGAUGCCACGUGGGGGACCCUGUUGGGUCAUGCUCACCGAUGAGGUCACGGUGCUCAGCACACAGCAGGCACCUGAGAUCGCCGGCUGAAUUAGGGAAGGAGGGAAGGAAGGAGGGAGGGAGUGAAACCACAGAAGCGGGGUCCACACCAGGUCAGGUCAGAGGGUGUCAUAGCUCGGGCCCUGGAAGGGGGCACGGGACACGUCCUUCUGUCCCUCCAGCGCUGACCUGCCUCCACGUGGGACCUGCUGACCUCCUGGAUCGUCUCCACCUCCUCCGCAAACAACGCUGAGUGUUCCCAGAAGGGGGACAGCGGGCGGGGGCCAAAGAGGGACUUCCGGAACCCUGUGCCCUGGGGGACUCUGGGACAGCCUUCCAGGUGGCCCUUUUUGUCCUCCAGGCACCAGGCCACGAUUCCACCUCAUCUCUCACGGAAUGUGAGGAAGCCGUGAGGAAGCCUCACCCAUCUAGAAGGCCCGUUACGUCCCCAUGUCACAGGUGGGGACACCGAGGUUAAUAGCACAGCCUGGGUCACUAGUAAGACGAGCUGGGUCAGGAAGCCCAUCUCCCUGACUUUGGAUUGUCCUACCCGCAGGCCUGCAUCUUGGCGUCCUGGGGCUCGGGGUCCCUCUUCCUGGGGGACCCCACCACCCGCUGAGGGCCCCCCCUGAACUCAGGGGAGCAGAGCUGACCAACCUGCCUGGGGCCCCACAUGGGAGCUGGGGAAUGGCUGACCGGGGCUCUGUGGGCUCUCCCAGUACUGGGCCAGCUGGUCCCCUGCAGGACGAGGUCUUCUCGCUGGGGAUCGGCUGGGGCCUCGGCUUCCUCACGUUGUCACCUGGGCUGCCAGUCCCCAGGCCAGAAAUCUGCCCGUCUGAAGGAGACCAGCACUGCCUCCAUCGGGUUUCACUUGCCCGAGUCCCUCCCCGGGACGCCCCGCAUCUCUGACGCCUGCUCCCAUGGGGGCCGCCUCCCUUGGACUGGGACGGGUCUGGCCUCCAUCCCGGGGAACGCACUGGCUUUGGAGCAUUAUUUGGCCCAGAGACCUGUGAACUUUUCUGGCCCUGGGUCAUGAGGGAUGCUCUCCCCUCUGUGGUGUGACCGUCCAGCCUUCUGCAUCUCCCAGUUUCUGUUUGGGCUAUGGGAGGACCAGCCGUGUCCUCUCUGGCAUCAGGCUGUGGUGUCACAGCACGCACAGGCGUCUCCACCCCGAGACUGUGCCCAUUGUCACCGAAGGGGCCUCCAUUUCCCCCCCCAAUCUUUAAUCCAUUGUGAUUUCUUUUUUUUUUUUUUUUUAACAUUUAUUUUUGAGACAGAGACAGAGCAUGAACGGGGGAGGGUCAGAGAGAGGGAGACACAGAAUCUGAAACAGGCUCCAGGCUCUGAGCUGUCAGCACAGAGCCCGAUGCAGGACUCAAACUCACGGACCUGAGCCGAAGUCGGCCGCUUAACCGACUGAGCCACCCAGGCACCCCAAUCCAUUGUGAUUUCAAUAUCAAAGGAGAAAAAGUCUAUUUCAGAUGACCACAAAGUACGAAAAUGAAUCUGUCCCAUAUGAAAAUUAGGUGCAGACCCAGGUAUCUCUGGCGAGAUUCCACUUGAAGGAAACCUCCAGAGUAGGUAACGGAACACGGAGAGAAAGCAGACUGGGGGUUCCCAGGGGCUGGCGGGGGCACGAAUGGGGAAUGAGGUUUCCGGGUACACAGUGACCCUUGGGGACCGAGAUAUUCUGCAACAAAAUUCUGUGGCGUGGUUCACAGCGUUGUGAGCGUACCCAGUGCUCAGGAAUCGCACAAUGUAAAAUAAAUAAAAUUUUUAUUGAAGAUUAA